AUGCAAGCUGCUGGCAAUUUUCUUGCGCCAACGUUGCCAAGGCCUCCUCAACAGCCGCAUGUGGCGAGAGAGGCUCCAUCCAGCAGGCGGCAGGCUCAGGUGCUAUCAGCCAGCGCGGCUUUCCUGGCAGCAGGCCUUGACUCCUCGCGGAGGCGGCUUGGAGUGCCAUCCAUCCUUCGAUCCACGAAGGAAGUCUCCGCUCCGCAGAGGAAAGGACGACAGGUAGUGCCUCUGGGGCCUUGGCUACAGAGAUUCUUCUCGUUUCGGAACAGGCAGUUCUGGAACUACUCUGUCUCACCAAGGAAUUACUUCUUCGAGCGCAGGUGGUGUGCUGAAGAUUCUCGCCAAGCGAUCUUCGUAGCCAUCGCGCACUUGGGAGCUUUGGCCGCGCCGUUCUUCUUCACAUGGAAGGCCUUCGGCUGCUUCUGCGUUGGCUACAUCAUGACAGGAAUGCUAGGCGUGACUCUGUCGUAUCACCGGCAGCUUUCUCAUCGGGCCUUUGUAACACCGAAGUGGUUGGAGUAUUUCCUGGCUUACUGCGGCGCGUUAGCUGUUCAGGGGCCGCCAAUCAGUUGGGUGUCCUCCCAUCGACAUCACCACGGGAACACCGACGCGAAGGAUGAUGUGCACUCUCCUCGCGAUGGAUUUUGGUGGUCUCACAUGGGAUGGCUUUUUGAUGCAGAUGGAACGAAGAUACGGCGAAACAAGAACAAUGCUUCUGACCUCUCGUCGCAGCGCUUCUACCAGUUUCUGCAGAAGACCUAUGGCAUACACUGUGUGGUGCUACCAAUACUGGCGCUCUACGCCUACGGCGGGCUGCCUUGCGUCUUGUGGGGCUUCUUUGCCAGAGUAGUAUGGUUUUGGCACAUAACCUGGUGUGUGAACUCUGUCAGCCACGUCUGGGGGUUCCAGGAUUGGAAGACAGGUGACCUUUCGAUGAACAACUGGCUUAUUGGUAUCUUGGCCUUUGGUGAGGGCUGGCACAACAAUCACCAUGCUUUCGAACGAUCCUGCAGGCAUGGCCUCAAAUGGUGGCAGGUGGACUUCACCUGGUACACCAUCAAGGUCCUUGAGGUUUUCGGCCUCGCCAAGAACUUGCAGUAUCCGCCCAAGGGGAAGAUGCAGAAGCUAGCCAUGUGA